UAAAAACAAAAAUGACUUGCCCAUGGGGAAUCCUUAAGGUGAGAACUACUUGCCCGAACUUGCCCCAUGUAAAAUGAAAAGUGCCAUAAUGAUAUCAUAUAUCAAUAUAUGCUGAUAAUUCAUCAGAUAAUAGUACUGAUGCAUUGUAUUUGGAGGAUGUAUGUUAAAUACAUCUCCACAAUUUUCAGACAUGCUACCUUACACAUCGUAGUCGUAGUAAGCAGUGAUAUUUAUAAGUUGUGCACCACAAUUAAACAUUGAAUAGACACAUUUGUGUACUAGUAAAGUGUUUUUAAUCCAGAAAAAAAUGCUCAAUGGUCAAACAAUAAUUUGUGAAGCAAAGGUGAGAAAAAUACACAGAGAAAUUGAACCGCUAGAUUUUGCAGCUUGUGCAAAAUCAGCACUUGGUAUUGGAUCUAAUGGGUGGUGUUUCAUUGUGACCGCUUCAAAUUGUCACAGCAAUGUGAUUCACUCACCUGUGCCAUCAUUUGAUUUGCUGCCGCUAAUAAAAUACUUGUUUAGGAGGCACUGUUUCAUCACUUUUUGCUGUUUUCCUUCAGAAGUUGUUGAAAAAUUAGACGAUGUUGGCAGGGACGCCAUGAUAGAUGUUUUCCUAGUAAAACGAUCGCUGAUUGGUUGAUCGCGAACAAGAACGGGUGUGGGUAAAACGCGGAUUGUGGAUUACGGACCGCGGUCUAAAUAAACGAUUCUGAUUGGUCCAUUUCAAGAUUUGCAAGGAUUGGUUUGCAAAUUACCACCGGAAUUACGCAGUCCGUGUUUUACCAACACCCAACAAGAACCGCUUAAAAAAAACUCUUGCCAGUACGGCAUGCUAAAGUGCACUUGCCCGACGGGAAUAUUAAUGAUUGGAUUUACUUGCCCGAAUUUUGUUUUAACUUGCCCCGGGCCAUCGGUACAUCGUUAUUGUCGAGCCCUGGGUCGAAAUGAGCUGAUAGCUCGUUAUAUUAAGUUACGGACAGGAAAGACACGCACACGCAAACAGGUGUCUAGUCACAUUCAGGUUCUGGCUCGCAAGAGGGUGCGAGAAUACCAGGCGAGCAUCAAGGUCUCUAGUCACCUGCAGGUCUUGGCCAAGCGCAAGUCUCGUGAGAUUCAGUCUAAGCUGAAGGACCAGGUUUCCAAAGACAAAGCACUGCAGACCGUGGCCAACCUUUCAUCAGCUCAGAUCGUGUCUGCGAGUGUGAUGAAGAACCAGGCUUCUUUCCCUCCACCAGUUAGGUUUUGGCCUGGUCAUGUGACAGGACAACCUGGGCAUUCUCAGGACAUCAAGCCCUUUGCACAGCCGCCAUACACAACACUAGAAGCUCCUGUCCCUGCACCCAUCAGCUAUGAGCCCCUGCCCCCUCCUCGCCCGACAGCUAUAGCGAUCCCCGUGUGGCAGGACAGAACCAUCGCGUCAGCAAAACUACGGCUUCUGGAGUACUCUGCUUUUAUGGAGACCCAGAAAGACAGAGAGAUGUAUAAGCACCUAUUUGUCCACAUUGGUCCGUCAAACCCCGGCUACAGCGACCCUGUACUGGAGUCAAUAGACGUCCGGCAGAUUUACGAUAAGUUCUCCGAGAAGAAAGGAGGCCUAAAGGAGCUGUACGAGAAAGGACCUCACAAUGCUUUCUUUCUUGUCAAGUUCUGGGCGGAUCUGAACAGUGACCUGGAGGAAGGUUCCAAUGCCUUCUACGGCGUCAGUAGCCAGUACAGUGGAACGGAGAACAUCACCAUCAGCGUCUCAACCAAGGUCUGCUCCUUUGGCAAACAGGUGGUAGAGAAGGUCGAGACCGAGUACGCACAUUUGGAGGGGGGGAAGUACGUGUUCCGCAUCCAUCGCUCACCCAUGUGCGAAUACAUGAUCAACUUCAUCCACAAACUCAAACAUCUACCAGAGAAAUAUAUGAUGAACAGCGUUCUGGAGAACUUCACCAUACUACAGGUUGUGUCCAACAGAGAAACUCAGGAGACUCUGUUGUGCAUCGCUUUUGUGUUUGAAGUAUCGACCAGCGAGCACGGAGCGCAAUACCACGUUUAUCGUCUGGUUAAUGACUAGCGCAAUGUACUACAUGCAAAGACUGUCAACCUCUUUCCGGUUCACACGUGUGGCACACUAAUGUAUGUAUCACUAUCACCAUCAUCUACACCAGGGGUGGGCAAACUACGGCGCGGGGGCCACAUCCGGCCCGCCAAGUGUUUGAAUACGGCCCGCCCAAUCUUUCCAAAGUAUUUCAUUUAAACUCAACAUACAAGCUGGCAUCAUGGCCUGAGCCAACCUUUUGAUGGUUGUAUCAAUUUCGUUGUUUGACAUGGUCUGUUGUUUACAAAGUGCUCCUGAAAAAAGGGACACAAGCACAUAAUAAUAAUAAUAACAAUUAUUAUUAUUAGAUUAUUAUAAUUAUUAUUAGAACUAUUAUGAUUAUUAUAAUUAUUAUAUUAAUGCUAAUUAUUAUAUUAAUUAUAUAUAAUAUUAUUGUUAUAUUUGCAUAUUUUACAUAAUAAUAUAAUAAUUAUUAUUUUAAUUUUAUUGUAAUUAUUAUAAUAACCUGGCAUCAUGGCCUGAGCCGACCUUUUGAUGGUUGUAUCAAUUUCGUUUUUUGACAUGGUCUGUUGUUUACAAAGUGCUCCUGAAAAAAGGGACACAAGCACAUAAUAAUAAUAAUUAUUAUUAUUAUUAUAUUAUUAGAUGAUUAUAAUAAUUAUUACAACUACUAUGAUUAUUAUAAUUAUAUUAAUGCUGAUUAUUAUAUUAAUUAUAUAUAAUAUUAUUGUUAUA